AUUCAUUCCACAUUUCGCCACCCUGCAGUGAAGAAUCAACAGACCCAACACCAAAUUCCUCUCUUCCGUUUCCUUCUACUGUCAGUAACCCUCAUAGACAUCUGAAAAUACAUAUAAACUUGAACAAAAUGAGGCUUUCUUUCAAGGUGGUACUGUCGCUUUUGUGCUGUUUCUUGCUGCUGAUGGGUUUAACAACAGCGUUCGACGGAGGUUUGCUGCUCCCAUUCGGCGAUCGGCCGCCGAGCUUUCCAUCAGACCUGUUGGCGGACCGGUUUCCGGACCCAUUUAGAGUUCUCGAACAGCUACCACUCGCAUUGAAGAGAGACGAGAGCCUGCUUCUCUCUCCGGCGAGGGUGGACUGGAAAGAGACGCCGAAAGCUCACGAGAUCAUGGUGGACGUCCCGGGGUUGCAAAAGGGAGAGCUCAGGAUCGAGGUGGAUCAGGACAACCGAGUGGUGCAAGUCGCAGGAGAUAGAAAGAGGGAAGAGGAGAAGAAAACUGACCGGUGGCACCGCGUUGAGAGAAGUUACGGCAAGUUCUGGAGGGAGUUCAGGCUGCCGGAAAACGUUGAUCUUGACUCCAUCAAAGCCAAGCUCGAGAACGGUGUCCUUACUGUCUCGAUUGCCAAGAAGUCCCCGGAUCGUAUCAACGGUCCGAAGGUGGUCACCAUUGCUGUGGGAGAAGAGGGAGGAGGAGGAGAAUCAAUUCAAAAUGCAAAGAAAAGUGAAGCCAAACAAGAGCUAUAAAUUUCUCUUUUAGAUAGCGUGCUUUUUUUGUCUUCCUUGCCCGUUUUCUAAUCAGUAACAAAAUGACGAUGUGUUUGCUCUGUUGUUCUUAUGGAAUUUCAGCUGAGUAAUCUAGUGACACUUCGCUCAUAAAUCCUCUCGUAUGUCUCUGUAGCCUGUACUUGAUCUAAUUAGCAAUAGUAAUUUCUAGGUUUGUGAUAUGCUAAACAAG